AUGCCUUCCGCCGUUCGGCCUUCUGAGAUGCACACCCAUGUUGCCAUUGUCGGUGCCGGACCUCGAGGAACUAGCGUUCUGGAGCGUCUUUGUGCCUCGGCACCCGAGUAUCUUGUCCCAGGGGCACGAUUGACCGUUCAUAUCGUUGAUCCAUCGCCCCCAGGCGCGGGUCAUGUCUGGCGUACAAAGCAGUCGGAUCAACUUCUGAUGAACACAGUCAGCUCCCAGGUGACCUUGUUCACUGAUGAUAGUAUUAGCUGCUCAGGCCCAAUUCGUCCAGGGCCAAGUCUCUACACCUGGGCUGCCGAUAAGAUCCCUGGCCUUGGACCUGAUGAUUGUGGAACCCGUGCCCAGUACGGCCAAUAUCUCGAAUGGAUCUUCCAAGAGACUGUGCGACAAGCACCACCUCAAGUGCAGAUUGAGGUGCAUCCUGCUUUUGCUGUCCGCUUGUAUGACACGUCCUAUGGCCAGCAAACGCUCAAGCUGUCGAAUGGCCGAACCCUUUCUAGCCUCGCAGCUGUCAUUCUUGCGCAGGGUCACGUCCCGCUUCUGCUAGAUAUUGAACAACUGAAAAUCAAUGCUUACGCAGAGCUAAAUGGCCUUCAUCAUAUCACGCCCUCAAACCCGGCGGAUGUUGAUCUUUCUGUUAUUGCUCCCGGAGAGAACGUUUUCCUGCGUGGUCUUGGUCUCAACUUCUUCGAUUACAUGGCCUUGUUAACAUUGUCCCGGGGUGGUAGCUUCUCCGAAACUCCUAACGGCUUGAAAUACCACCCAUCGGGCAAUGAGCCUCGGAUGAUUGCCGGAUCUCGUCGUGGCAUUCCAUACCACUCCCGUGGCGACAACGGCAAAGGGGCAUACGGCCGCCACAUGCCCCUCGUCUUCACCGAAGAAGUAAUCAACGCUUUCCGCAAGCAUUCUGAUGCUGGAAAAGCCCCAGACUUCCUCCAGGAUAUUUGGCCUCUCGUUUCCAAAGAAGUGGAAACCGUUUAUUACUUGACUUUGUUGAAACGCGAUAAGUUGGACCAGACCGACUUCCAGAAGAGGUUCCUAGAAACUGAGCCAAAGAGCCCGGAGGAAGCGCAAGUCCUUCGUGACUUUGGUAUCUCGGAAGAGAAGUGGUGGUCCUGGGAGCGUAUCCAGCGCCCACAGGGAGAUCAGGUCUUCAAUACUACCACUGAGUGGCGUGAGUGGUUGAUCGCCUACCUUCGUGAGGAUGCCAAGGAGGCCGCCCUUGGAAAUCUGAACGGUCCACUAAAGGCAGCUUUGGAUGUGAUGCGCGAUCUGAGAAACGAACUCCGACUCAUCGUGGAUCACAAUGGUUUGACCGGCGCUUCUCAUCGAGAGAAUCUCGACCGCUGGUACACACCUCUGAAUGCCUAUGUGUCAAUUGGACCUCCUCGCCAACGUAUUGAGCAAAUGAUUGCGCUCAUGGAUGCGGGGGUUUUGGAAGUCCUUGGUCCCCGUCCACAGGUAAAGGCUCAGGACGAGGCUUGGCUAGUCCACUCGCCUGAGGUACCAGGCGAGCCAAUCCGUGUUACCACAUUGAUCGAAGCCCGCUUGCCAGAGCCGAAACUCCGAAACACGGGAGAUGAGCUUCUUUCCCAUUUGUUCAAAACUGGUCAAUGCCGCGCUCACACAAUUGACGGAUACGAGACUGGUGGUCUUGAUGUGACUCAAAGCCCAUACCAUCUCAUUGACACCCAUGGCCGUGCGCACCCAAAGCGAUUUGCUGUCGGUGUUCCAACUGAAGGAGUCCACUGGGUGACCGCUGCUGGUGCCAGACCAGGUGUGAACUCAGUCACACUUUGUGACACUGAUGCCGUUGCCCGCGCUGCUCUUAGCGCAGCAGCUAUCAAGGCUAAGAUCACUCAGACCAAGAUUGAUGUGAAGACAUUUCCCUGUAUUGAGGUGUCCAAGCUCCGUGUCCAUGCUUGA